AUGGAUCCCUCAACGUUCAUCGACCCUUACCUAACACUUCCUGAUCAAUUGGUGCUUCAGGAGCUACUUAAGAAUGAAGAAGCAGAAAGCAAAACAUCUAAAACAUCCGAAACUGUCCAGACGCUACAGUGUCUGAACAAUCCAAAGGAAGUAGGGUUCGAUCCGACAGUCUUCCAGUUCUGGGAUACCCAUCAGUUGCGCACCCAGCUGCCGCCAUUCGUCCGAAAAUACGCCCUAGAUCCCUAUAUCGCCUGGGCUCAAGAAAUUGCCCGGCACCCUACAGACGUGGUUAUGGUCACUCAUCUGCUAGUCUAUUUCGGAAUAUCUAUUCCCAGCGCCAUCUGGCUGCACUGCUACUACUUUACCUGGAUCCAUGGGUUGCUGCACUGGAUCUUGCAUGUCUGGUUCGCAGGCACGUACACCCUCAUGAAGCACCAGUAUGUCCAUAUGAACGGCGUCCUCGCCCCAAAGUAUCAGGUACUCGACAGAUUGUUUCCCUACUUCGUGGAUCCGCUGCUGGGCCACACCUGGAACUCAUACUACUACCACCACGUCAAGCAUCAUCAUGUUGAGGGCAACGGGCCGGCAGACCUCAACUCAACCAUGUGGUAUGACCGCGACUCAAUCACGGACUUUGCCUGCUACGUGGGCCGCUUCUUUUUCCUAAUCUGGCUGGAUCUGCCGCUGUACUUCCUGCGGACGGGAAAGCGGAAAUAUGCCCUCAAGACAGCUUUGUGGGAGGGGAGCAAUUACAUGCUCAUCUACUUGAUGUGGAGACACGUCAACCCUCGCGCCGCGUUUUGCGUGUUCAUCUUACCACUGCUGACUCUUCGACUGGGCCUCAUGGCGGGCAACUGGGGACAACAUGCGUUUGUGGAUCCUGACGAUCCAGCAUCCGACUUUCGGUCGAGCAUCACUCUGAUCGAUGUUGCGAGUAACCGCUUUUGUUUCAAUGACGGCUACCACACCUCACACCAUCUGCACCCGCGUCGCCACUGGCGCGAUCAUCCUGUGGCCCUCCUGAAAGACCGAGACCGCUAUGCCAACGAAAACGCGCUCGUCUUCCGAAACAUUGACUACAUGAUGCUGACGGUCAAGUUACUACAGAAGGACUACGCCUGUCUUGCUAAGUGCAUGGUGCCUCUAGGGGCGCAGCAGGCCAAUAUGAGCUUGCAAGAGCGGGCGGAUAUGUUGCGAGCUAGGACGCGUCGCUUUCCGACGGACUACCUUCACCGGUUCUCUAGGAGGGGUGCUCGAUAUUAG